UUAUUUCCAGGCAUUACUCCGUUUUUCGUGGGUUAAAACUCUUAAAUGGAAUCUCUGUAUAUUCCCCAUAACGGUUUCCUUACUAGUAACGGAAAUUAGCUCCAAUAUACAUUCCUCUCUCCCUGUGUUACAUAUACACACCCGCAACAACCUUCUCUCUCUCUCUCUCUCUCUCUCUCUCUCUCUCUCUCUCUCUUUUGAUUUGGGUGAGCAUCAAUGGCGAAGGAGCAGGUAGAUAGAGUAGAGUCUCCUCCUCCUCCUUCUGUAGGGAAUGAUAGUAACAAAUCUCAAGGACUCACCGAAAACCUUGUGUGCCUAGCUUUCUGGAUCGAACGAGGCGCUGCAGCCUUUCUAGUGUUAUCGUUCUACCGGUUUCCCCCAAACGUCUGGGGCAGCAUCUUGUUUAUAGCCGUCAGCCUUCUUAUUCUCUCCAACUCUCUCUACCUCAUUGCGCUCUUCUCCUCACUUCUACAGAUGGCUAACGAUCGGAUUGAUGCAAAUGCAAGUGAAGUUGCAGUAAUCGGAUCCGCGACAUUAGUGAUAGCUAUCGGGGUUGCAAUCAUUGAAACUUUAAGAUUUGGGAGCCUUGCCGGAGGCGCGAUUUCAGUGAUGCCUAUCGGAGCUGCAGUACUCGGAGCUGCACUCCAAGCAAAAGACGAAAGGAACAACAAAAUAGACAAGGAAAAUACCGAACAACAGGAAGCUAAACUUGAUCUUAGCUCGAAGGAAUCAAAGGAAGAAGUGCAAGCAAAAGAAGAAAGGAACGACAUAAUAGACGAGGAGUUUACCGGACAACAGAAAGCUAAACUCGAAGUUAGUUUGAAGGAAUCAAAGGAAGAAUUAAGGAGGAGGAGGAGUUGUACUAGUGAAGAAUUUCAGAGCUUGGAAGCUAAAUACCAUGCCAAGUACGAAAUCCUACUUCAAAAGUGCAUUGAUAAGUGCCAUGGAUGGGAGGAAGAGAGAAGCCAACUGAUGAAAGAGCUUGGUGCUGCUAGGGCAUCAUCUGAAAUCUACAGAGAGCUUCUUCAUGGUUCAGAUGAUUUUUAACCUUAAUAAUUAGUAAUUUUCAUUCUUAAUUAGUUGCUUACUACCUUUUUGCAUCUUCUUGUUCUGCUCAAUUUUUUUGGUCAAGCUUGUUC